CGAGCGAGGACGAAGAGGCGGAGCGUGACGCAGAUCAAGGCUUGGAAAAGCACACGCAGCAGCAUUCAAGAUUUAGUUAUUUCGUUUCCCACCUGACUUUCACCGUGUGUUCAGCUCAACGAUCCGCUGAUUAUCAUCAUCAUCAUGGCUCUGGAUGGAUGUGGCUUGCUCUGCAAAUAUAUCCUCAUCAUUUUCAACAUCAUCUUUGCGGUGGUGGGGUUUGCCUUCCUUGGACUUGGCUUGUGGCUGAGGUUCAGCGACAACACAAGAGCAGUUUUCCAUGUGGAGGAAUUAAGCUCCAGCGCAUUUGUUAUGGGUGUGACUGUGCUGAUCGCUCUCGGGGCGGUGAUGCUGUUUGUGGUGAUGUUUGGAGACUACGGUGCCUGCAACGAGAAGAGAUGCGCUCUGCAAGUGUUCUCCGCCCUUCUGGCCAUACUGGCUGCUGUGGUAGUUGUUGUUGGAGUGCUUGCCAACUACAAAAGGGAUGAGGUUGGAAGCAAGUUAGUUGAGUUCUAUGGUACCUUGUAUGCUCUCUAUGUGCACAAUCAAGACCCAGGAAUUGCUGUCACACUCACCUUCAUCCACAACACUCUUCACUGCUGUGGAGCGACUGGUGUCUCCAUAAUAGAGCUCGUUAAGCAGACCUGCCCCAAACCAGAUGGGUUUUUGGAAAGCAUCAAGAUGGAUAGCUGUCCUGGCAUCAUCGCAGAUGCCUUUAACAGUAAAGCACCAAUGAUGAUGGGCAUCUUCGUUGGAACUGGAGUGCUCCUGAUCAUCGCUCUGAUUUGCAGCAUUACCCUCAGCAGAAAGAUUAUUUCUGCCUCAACACCUCAGUACAUUAUCCUGACUCAGACCACUUCUACUCGGGCUAACUUUCAGCCAGCUCAGCAUGAAGUAGUCACCAGCACAUGUGCUGACCAGGACCCGGUCUUUUUCACUCCUCUCAGCGCAGCCAACAUCCCCGUGGCUUAUGCUUAGUGCACUCUUCAUUCUCACUGCGCUUGUCACACCGUUUUGAUUUUACUCCACAUUGCUUUAGAGUGAACUACACAUACUCCAUCUGCUGCUCUCAGCAUUGUCUCAAAUUUUUAUCAUUAGCAGUUGUUAUAGGAGAAAUCCAACCUAACAAACACAACUCAGCUUACAGUUGACAGGUUUGACAGCACAUCACAGCAUUUAGCAAAUGAGUUUUCACAUUUUUAAUCACCGAACUUGCUUCUUCUGCAGAAGGAUUGACAUUUGCUGGCAAAACAGUAUAAGAAACCCUCUGGUGCUCUGAAUAUUCCCUCCACCACUAGUCAACUCUUUAAUCUUUACUUUAGUGCCUUUAAACACACACGGCCAGUACAUCAACAGGGUUGGAUUUGUCCUGUUUGUUUCGACUUCUCUCUCUCACACACACACUUCUGUAGCUGUAUGCGAUCUGAUUGCUGUGGCUGGAAGGUCUAGCCUCCUUUACACUCUUUCACCUGUUGCUGGUUCAAUUCUCGGGAUGAUGUAGUGGGUUGGUCAUUGCAUAGCUCUUUAUCCCAUCCCUGCUCUUUACUUGCCCUCCUCCUUUGUCUGCACAACAGAUGACGGCCAUGAUCUGCGCCUUAGUUCUCCUGAACCAGCUCAAGAAUGCCCAUCGGGAGAGGACAGUGUACUAUUCAAAUGUGUACUAAGAGGAGGAUUGGGGUUUUACACCCUUAACCACCUCAUGUCAACAAAGGCCACUGCUUUACAUACAAGCAGCACAUCAGUGUUUACAUAUUUUCCUUUCCUUUUCUAUAGCUACGAUUACAUUACUUUGGAACCAUAUUUUUAUUAAAAGGCCUUUUUUAAACAUUUAGCUUAAUAUAUCCUGUAGCAUUUCGUGCACUAACCUGACAGGCCUCUAGAUUAUUGUGGCCAAACCCAGCCAUGGGAACACAUUAACAAAUUCAGCUGGUAAGACAUGAAUUUUAUUUUAUUUUUUAAAAACAUUUUUUCUCCUGAAAAGUUAUGCUGUUUAUUUAUGAAUGAGUAUUAGGGCCACAUUAAAGGGGAAGAGAAACAACGUGACCAUGAGCAUACAGACACUGAAGGUGCAGAAAUAUGUAUCUGGUUAAAAUGAAAUAGCUGGAGAUGGACAGAUGCAAGGACAUUUAUGGUCACACUUAUGCAGUACAGAUGUUGUACCAAAAAACACAAGGACUGAUGAUGUUUCAUGAGCUUAACUCCAUGAAGCAGUCUGUAGAAUAAAAAUGACAAAAUCUCCACAUUUUCAUUAUUAUUAAUUUUGAGAAUAAAGUUUCCCCUUCAUGUGACCCUAAUACUAAUAGUUUGUGUCUGUUGCACACAGUAAAAGUUUAGUCACUGGAUAUGGUCAGUUAUGACUGUUAAAAGGGAGUCAGUGUAUCAUCUUUGUUAUAGUAGAGGUCCAAUUACAGCAAGGUGUAGCAUGUUGGGUGUCAUCGCUCUAAUGUGAGCUUCAAUUUCACAUUAGUAUACAGCCACUAAAAAGUAGAGUAUUGUUAAGAAGUGCAUUCCUUUUAGAUUUAUGGUAGAGGUUACAGAGGGCCAAAGAGCAGGACCAAAAAACAAACGACAGCCAGGUACCUGUGAGAGGUUCAGUUUUAGGUCAAACUGUUUAAACAUUCCAGACCGAAUGCUUCAGAAGACUUGUUUCCGUAAAAGCUUAAAAGCUUUCAUCCUGAGAAAAGGGAAAAAAAUUAAGCUCACAUUUCAUUCCUUUGUGUUUUGCUUGUUAACAUUUUUUUAAAUGACACAAUGUUAACUGUCUUGCUGAUAAAAAAAAAAAAUAAAUUUCAAUGGCUAAAUGC